UGCUCUAUGCUAAGGCUUGGUGUCUGGGGGAGGAUUGUAAUGGGACUCAACCUUUGAUUUCCUUGCAGGAACCCUCACAAAGCCCAAAAUCUGGGCUGAGCCACACUCUGUGAUCACCAUGUAUGCACCUGUUACUAUUUGGUGUCAGGGGUCCUGGGAGGCCAAGGAGUACCAUUUGCUUAAAGAGGGAAGCUCACAUCAUUGGGACAGACAAUACCCUCUGCAAAGCUUGGACAAGGCUAAGUUCUACAUCCAACACAUGACAGAGGAAUUUGCAGGGAUAUACAAGUGUUACUAUAAGAGCCCUGCUGGCUGGUCAGAGCACAGUGACACCCUGGAACUGGUAAUAACAGGAGCCUAUGAUAAACCAAGCCUGUCUGUCUGGCCCAGUUCUGCUGUGACCUCAGGAGAGACCAUAACCAUGCAGUGUAGCUCAUCACUGGAAUUCGGCACAUUCACUCUGAUCCAGGAAGGAAAGCACCACCUCCAGUGGAUCCUGGACUCACAGCAAAGUGCCAAUAGGGAGUUUCAAGCUCAUUUUGUUCUGGACCCUGUGACCAUCAUCCACAAUGGUACAUUCAGAUGUUAUGGAUAUUUUAGGGACCAACCCCAGGUGUGGUCAAAAUCAAGUGACUCCCUUCACCUCUUUGUCUCAGAUUCCAAGGACCAGUCUCUCAUCCACACUGAGAAUGAACCCCCAGCCUCCCAGCACAAAAGUCACACAGUUGAAAAUCUCAUCCGAAUCAUCAUGGCUGCCUUGGUUCUAGUGACUCUAGUGAUUCUGCUGUUAGUAGCUUGGCACAGCAAGAAAAUGGAACAAGAUACAACCAGAAGAUAAACAAAAA